UUGCAGCACACGUUGCCUCUCUGCAGCUGCCUGCUCUUUCUCCUGGCCCUCCUGGGAGGUGCCCUGUGAUCCUCUGGCAGGUUUGGGGCCCAGGCUGACCGCCGCCGGGCAGCGGUGCCCCAGCAGUGGCCCUGCAGGGGCAUGCUGGAUGAGGCCCUGCUGGAGGUGGCAGGCUUUGGGUCAGAGAUGGGACAGAGUGCACUUUCCAUCGACAGCCGGAAACUCGAGACCACCCAUUGCCUGGCUGUCUUCACCCAAACCUGGAACAAGAGCACAUCCUGCUGGUGGAGGAGCCUUGUAGGCCAGCAGCCACUCCCAGCCACUUUUGCCUUCUCCGCCUGGUGGUGCAGCCCCCAGGCCAAGCAGGUCCUUGGUUUCGUGUGUUGGGCUGUCAUGGUGGAGGCUGACUACCACAUCCAUUCCUUCCUAAGCAUCCUGCCCUCCUCCCAGGGUAUGAAGGUCCUCUACUGAGGCAUAACCUGGGUCUUUAUGCAGCUCAUCACCACCUACAUCCUGGCGGCUGUGGAGACUGAGAGCUUCUCCAUGCUCUGCCUGCUCUGGACUUGCUGCAAGAGCAUCCCUCCCCUCUCCUAUGGCCUCACACUGCUGCUGCUGCUUGCCAAGAAGCCAAAGAGGAACUGA